CGUUACAACCGAGGAGCCUCCUCUUCUUCUGCCACUUUCGAUUUCGUCCCUUAUUCAUGGUCAUAUGAUGUCUUCCUGAGUUUUCGUGGUGAGGAUACACGCUAUGGUUUUACAGGCCACUUGCACAGUGCUCUGCUUCGAAAGGGAAUCAACACCUUCAUAGACGAUGAUCUUACAAGAGGAGUCGAAAUAGCACAGUCGCUUCUCGAAGUAAUCGAAGAGUCAAGGAUCUCGAUCAUUGUAUUCUCUGAAAACUAUGCAUCAUCGAAGUGGUGCUUGGAUGAGCUGGUUCACAUUCAUCACUGCAAUGAAUCAAAGCAACAAAUGGUGAGGCCAGUUUUCUACAAGGUGGUUCCUGCUGAUGUAAGAUACCAGAAAGGCAGUUAUGGUGAAGCAUUGGCGAAGCAUGAAAGGAGAUUCCCAGAUAACUUGGAAAAGGUGGGAAGAUGGAGGAGAGCACUUACAAGAUCAGCAAAUUUGUCUGGCUGGCAUUACAAGGAGCAAGAGUGA